AUGGCUCGAAUCCUGGCUUCCCUCAGCAUUCUUGUUGCGUCUCUUUCGCUCACAGCUACCCCGGCGCUCGCUCUUCCAACGAUCAACGAAGAUGUUGAGGCAUCAUCCAACAGCCUACUGCGGAGACAAGAUAUCAAUCCAGCAGCUAUUCGCUUUGAAGGAUGGCAGGGAUGCAGUGAAGCCCAACAGUCGGACAUUCGAGCUGCCUGGAAGGAGUUACUCAUGCUAGGAAAAGCCGUCAACAUGGAUGUUGACUGGAAGGCUCCUAGAAUACAGGCUACGCGUGACUUCUUCGGAUCUGAAAUGAACAAUCAGAAAUACCAGUUUGAGAUUCAAGCCAUUCUCAAAAACAUCGAAACGUGGAAAGACGACGGAACGAUUUUGGCCUGGCAACUCAACAUGCGCUGUGAUGAUCACCUGCGUCGUGCAGAGCUCAAUUGCCCAGGAAGGACUAAGCCCGAAUGGGAAUAUCGAUGUAAUAGCAGAUGUUGGGCAGCGCGUACGGAGAGAAACCCCGAUGAUGGGCAGUAUGAUGUUGUGGAGUGGUCGUAUCGUGCAGCUGCAUAUACAACCAGCUCAGAUGGACCGCAUGUUGGAUCCAUAAAUUUCUGUCCGAAAUUCUUCGAUACUCCUACAUGCAAUGAUGCGAUGAACAAAGCUGUCAACGAUUAUCCUGCCGGAUCUUACAACCGGUUGCGUCUGAAGAAUUAUGAAUGUCGCGGCUACAUAGCACUCCACGAACUCUUUCACAUCGAUCAAAUGCCUAGUGCGGUCACUAAAUACAAGGUCACACACAUUUGGGACCGGAUGAUCAAAAUCAGGAGCCGCGACGGCGACAUCAUGAACCUCAUGGCGUACGGUCCACAGUUCACCAAGGCAAUGGCAAAAUACACACUCGGUGGAGGCCUCUACGUUGCAACGAACGCCGACAACCUCGCCCUGUACGCCCUCGCCGUAUGGGCCACCUCUCGCGCAGGCGACUACCCCCGGCACCCCGAAGUCCCCGACAUCGACCGCCCCAUUCAAGCCCCCUCGCGCGGUUCCUUCGCCGUCUUCAACGACAACGGCAUCAUCAGCCUCGUCAACGACACCGAGUCCAUUAUGAAUAGCCUCGGCGUCACCCAGACAGACGCUUUCCAACUACAAGCGUAUCGCGCACAGCCUCAGAGCUGUAGUGAUGUGGGGAAAGACGCCACGGUGGAUCGGUGUGUCGAUGAUCCUGAUAAUAAACCGCUGGACCUCAAACCUGGGGGCGGUGAUCAGCCGGUUCCGCCUGCUCCGCCUAUGCCUGCGAGACCGGCGGAUUUCAAUUGCAGUUGUGGGGAAAGUGGGUGUUCGCCAGGGAGUAUGGCGUGCUGUGCGAAUGGGAGUUGUCAGUGUCAUUGUGUGAAUGGGGCUUGUUUGGCUGAGGAUCCGUAA